CAAAAUCCACCCGCCCGCUGCCGGCUCACGAGUCACGGGCGAACCGAAUUGCAGGCUCAGUGCGCGAGCAAGCGUGAUACGGAAUGAACGUGUGGUGCGUUUUGCGCGGACGUUGACACUGCGAUUCAUUUUUAACUUGCGACUUAUGCAGCCAGAAUUAUAGACGUUUUGGAGUAUAAAGUUGGACAAAUAAAAAGUUUUUAUUGUCUGAAGUUUACUUCGAUGCAGUUCGCGCAGAGUUUUGACCAAUAUUUGUGAAUUUCCGUAUAGACGCGAAAAAAGUGAAGACAUUUCGAAACAAAGGACUGUUUUGUACAUUUUCGCAUUAAUUGCGAAAUUGUGUUCAAAAAAUUAAAAACUGGCUCAAUUGUGAAUAUUAAAAAAAACAUCGCCCUCAGCCAACUAGUUCGGAGUCAAUCUGUGGUCACCGAACGAAAAAACAAAAACGCGUCGAUUUAAUAACAUUUAAUACACCAGUAGUAUUUACAACGGUUUUCUAAAAAUUCUUGUAUCGUGAACUCUUCAAACUUGCUCAAAUUAUAGUGAGUCUGCCUUAAAAUCGUGCAUAAGUGAAUUAAUUGCACGUUAAAUAACAUAAAACAAGCACUAAAAACCUGGAUCGUAACUAGUGUCGAGUUGAUUCUACAUAAUGUCUACUGCCAUAAUGCAUCAGUCUGCGCUGUACGACUUUGGUGAUCUGUUCUUGAAGGUGAGCCCCGACUAUAUGGUUGAUGAUGGAGUAUUGAACUCUAACCAAACUCGCCCAGUGCAGACGAUGAACGCUACACUAAGCAGCGCGCUCGGUCCCGUUGGCACCAACAACGCUUCUACCGUCGGUUGGGAACAGCAUCCUGUCCUUGCACGAGCUACGUCCGUUCCAGCACAACGCGCUCUUGCUGGUUUGUUAAACAGUCUUGGUCAUCGACGCCUUGAACGUACUACAAGUGACCCAGCUCCCCCGCCACCUGCUACUAGCAGAUACAAGACGGAACUUUGUCGACCAUUUGAAGAAGCAGGUGUUUGCAAAUAUGGUGAUAAAUGCCAGUUCGCUCAUGGAGUGCGUGAACUUCGUAACCUUCAGCGACACCCUAAAUACAAGACGGAGCUUUGCCGUACGUUCCACUCUGUAGGAUUUUGUCCAUACGGACCUCGGUGCCACUUCGUCCACAAUGCUGAAGAAGCGAGACGCCGUGAGCCAACAUCUCCUGGUGGAUCUCUUGCAUCAUUGUCCUCCGGAGGCUCGCUCGCGUCAUACAUGAGCGAUGGUUCCCGCUCUCCUAGAUCGCCGCACUCGCCGCUAACUCCACAGUCUCCAUUGGCACCGCACUCGCCGCCAGCAAUGUCGCCGCCCGCACACGCCACGUCCUUUGCUUUUCGUCGUGCGCACUCUCCUGAUCCAGAAGAGGAACGGCUGCCUGUGUUCAACCGCCUCUCUUCCGCUUUUGGCGAUAUCGUGAUUGCUUAAAUUUGAGCGGUUACCUAGUCCUAAGUUAACAAACCGAGCGUAGCGUAUAAGGAUCGUCCGUCAACUUAGUGCCUAUUCGACGUCUUCCAGACCGCGCCCGAGCGCCGUCCCGCUCGUCGCGCUUCGCGUCCACACCCGCUCAACGAAUGAUCUCCAGUUUAUCGACGCUCUUACUACUUCGCCCUGUAAUAUUGUAAAGCUAAUGAAGUGUUCACUGGCGUCUCGAAAGUUUGCGGUGUGAAUAUAUUAGAUAUACAUCAUUUUUAAUUAUCGGCACGCACUUGUAAAUGGCACCUUAUAUUAUUAGAUAUUUAUUAUGUAGCUCGCGGAAGUCUUCCCGAUGCGAUUCUCCGCCGAGCGGUGGUCUUUGUAAAGUUAGCUUAUAGUAACAUUUUAUUUAUUUCGUACUGCCUAUCCGCGCUCGGUACCGUACCGCGAGAAGGCGCUCGUGAUCUAUGUUUAAGGAUAUAAGAUAAUAAUUUAUUAUUUAUUUCGAGUCUCUUUAACUUUAAUUAUUAUUAUUUUGUAGCUAGCAGUUGCGAUGCCACACCGCAUACGGACGAGGUACGCGUCGACGGGACGUGGCUCGUUAUAUAGACCUCAGCUCGACUGAUUCGGCAGUUAACACUUCGUCCUAACGAUUGUCUUAGACUAAACAGAAUCAGUCGACGCCGAAUGGAAUUCGAGAGAAAGAUGGGCUUAAAUCAUGCAAUUCAAUUUUAUUACUUUUGAAAUUCGAUCAAUUAUACCCUAUGGCAUGCUAUCUUGACAAUCUUGAGCUAAGCAACACCGUUAAUCAUAUCAAUAAUCUGCAGCUCAUUUGGGAAGUAUCGGAACGUUCCUGCGGCGCGCCGCCUCAAGCGGCUCGCCUGCGAGAAUUUUUCCUUUUUGCGCCGAGCGAGCGAGCAGCGAGCCUAAACCUGUUUGAGACUUUUGGUGAUUGUUUUUUUCGUCCUCGCAACCGCACUCGACUCCCUCUCGCUCCAGCGCUCAAAGACAUCGCGCUCGAACGCAUGCAAAAAAUGACAGGUAUCCAAGUUUAAGCCCGUCGAUCUCCCGAGAAUCCAUAUACCAAUAUACCUGUAUUGUAUAAAGAUAUAGUGACGACAAUAGUAUAUAAAGCAUGUUGAUAGAGGUGGAUGCGUUGCGGAGCGGCUCUCUCCCCUCGCGCUUCCACGCCGCGCCCGCGCACCCCCUCCGAUAAGUGCCUUUUACUUUAUAACAAAAUAAAUCGAUUAUAAUAUUUAAUUUUUAGUUGAUCGAGAUAGAUUGAUUUUUAUUUAUUGUCUCCUUUUGAAUGUAAUAUUCAAAUAGGCACGGUUAUUACUUUUGUACUUUGACAGAACUAAGUGAUUAGUUUCGAUGUAGAAUAGUUUUUUCUUUGAAUUUAAAGUGUGAUAUUUUAUAAUAUUUAUAUAACAAAGUUUAAUGUUUUAAUUAAGGGACCAAUUAAGUGAUUAGGAGAAAUUCUGAAAGAAGAUACGCUUUCGAAUACCAAGAAAUUGUAUCCUCGUGCCUCGAGUUCAUAUUUUUAUACAUGUUAGAUCUACGUUUUUGUACUGCAUUAAUAAAAACACCUUUGAUCCGUUGCUUUUCUUUAAUUUGUCAAUUAGUACCGAGGUUGGUAGUGUUAUUGUGUUGUUAUUGUCAAGUAUUUAGUUUCAGUUUUUCUCAAUCUCAUGGCGAGUUGCAUGGAAUCAACGUGCAAACAGAAUGAUAAUAAUUUUGUACCUAAUGUUAAGGAUUAGAUUUAGGCGUUUUUCAUAAAGUUUCGCGAAUAUUAUUUAUUAUCAGUUCAUUACGAAUUAUAAACCAUUAAAGCUGAUUUAUUUAAUUUCUUUUGUAUUUAAACAAUCAUUUAAAUACUACGAUUACUUGUAACUUAAUGUUUAGUAAUAUAUCAUCAGUCAUUUAAUAUAACAGGCAUUAGUUUAGAUACUCUAGUACCUAUGUCAGUUGUAAUUAAGUAUUUAAUUUUUUUUUUUAAUUUAAUCCAAUUGUAAGUUAAUCUUCCAAAAAAUUGACUACAUUAUUUCUGUUACGGACAAAAAAAUAAGGCUAAAGCUUGUCUAUGACAUUUUCUUGUAAGUUUUCCUUAUUUCCAACUGCAUUUUUAUUGAAUUAUAGUCAAAAUAUGUUAA